UUGGCCAAAUAUCGACAAAGCUCGCAAGAAAAUGAACGACCCAGAUGCCGGCCAAUUGGAGGCAUGGUACCAUGGACUCGUGGACUCGCCCGAACCCGACACGCCGGAAAUGAAGCAGUUUGAUUGGAAGCAAGGAGACUUGGCCAUCAAGGGCUUCGAACUGUUAUCCGCGCACCUGUUUCACUGGCCUAGUACAUUCACACGCGUUACUCCAGCAGAUCUCUCGAUCGGCCGACUGCGUUCGAAGAAGGACAUCCACACUCAGUUGCACUCGAGCCUGCUACCGCUACUACAGCAACAUCUCUACAGCAUCGCAGAAACUCUGGAUGACCUCAUUGAAUUGCGCAGAGACCCGGCACCCAAAAUACAGCGUGUUCUAGAACUCCAACCGAAUCUUCAUCAGAUUGUGGAUCAAAUCAGUCGAAUGAUUGAUGAAAUCAUUCCCGGAAAAAUAGCCGAACCCAGCCAAACAAAUGAUCAGCACUUUGAAGAGUUCAAAACCUAUCGAUUAUACGGCCUCGACGACUGCAUCAGAGAUCGUUUAGAAUUUAGCAUCAUCAAUUUUCUUGGUAGCUGCCGUGGGAUUAUUGAAGAACUCAAGCUCCCAGCAAGGAAGAGGUUUCCAACCUCCACAGGUGGUCUAUCUUUCUUCGAUUCCGCAUUCAAUCAAACCAUCAAAUGGCUGGAAGGCUCUGAAUUACACAUUAUCCCGGAUCUUUGGGAAAUUCCAAUAAGAGACACUUACGAGGCGCACGAAGAGUAUUUCAGAUUGACUCAUCCAGAAGCCGACCCUCCCAUGAGCCAGGCAGCCAUCCAGCUCGCUAGAUCAAUAAUACCAAUCAUCAAAUUGUCUAAGCUUUUCUUCGACAAAUUAUUACGAGAGGGAUUGGAUGAAAGCAAACAGGUACCAUUAUUCACAGAAAUGUGUUCUCAUCAAAUGUAUUCAUUACAAAAAUCAUCCGAAGGAUGUGGAGAAUCCGUUAUGCGCUUGGUGUGCCGUUUGGAAGAUGCACAUCUCAAUCCACCAGCCGACACUAGUUCCUCCCUCAUUCAAGAUAUCCAAGCCCUCUCCAAUUACUUUCAAUCUUAUGUGUCUCUUGCUGACCUUUACAUGACACCUUUAUUCCCAGACAUCGAUGGUGUUUCAGCUCUGAUUUAUUUCAAAGCUUGGUUUAUCACUUGGAACACAUUGUUCUUGACUGCUACUCAGAAUGCUAUCCAGGCUGCCAAUGUCUUUGCUCAAACUUAACAUCUUUAACUAAAAUUACUUACAAGAUUUCUUGUUUUGUUUGAUUUUAUCAAGCAAUACUAAGAGAACAAUUUUCCUUUAACUUUCUGCGGUGCAUCCCAAGCAGAAUCAAUUUUUAUUCUAUGCAAAUUAGAGUGGCAACGCGUUGGAAGGAAUCAAAAAUUUAUAGAAG